ACUCGCCGACGCCGUUCAUCUUGAGGGUACCCCUGGAUCCUGUCGUGGCUGGACCCCGGCAAGUGGCACCUGAAACAGACACCUAAAGGGUGCUAAGUCGUCAAUUUGGAUCCUCGACAGACUGACUCACCAUGUCGCAGUCCCCCAGACAUCCAGUUCCCCCAUUGCUUCAACCACAAAAGAGGAAGGGCACUCCUCUUUCCCUGCCUCCGCCGCCCACCUGGAAAGUCCAGCAGACUCUAAGACAACCGGCAGCAGAGAUCCCAGAUGAACAAAUGGUAGAACCACCCAUUAAGCAGAUGUCAGGGCUUUACAUAAAAGACCACGAUCCCCCUAUUCCUUUACGUCGCAGGAAACCACCAGGACGUCCUGCGCGGGCAACUCAACAAGCCUCCAUACCCACGUGGGGGCAAAUUAAGUCACUCUGCCAUCAAGCUCAGGGAAUAGCUUCUCUACAGGGAUCUUCAGCCUCUCCUGAAAGGGUUUUUAUUGCUAUGCUUGCUUUACUUUCCUGCCAGAACUCUGCAACACAGCACUCAGAAGCUCCCGACUGAGAUCCAUCUGGUUGUCUUAAAGAAUAAAAAAGGGGGAGAUGCCGGGAGCCAGCACACAAGUUCCCACCCAUGACAAGGUCAUGUGGAGAAGACCUGACAAGCAAGGCAGAUCAGGACUCCAGGGAUUUUGAAAAGCUGCCCCGGCACUCACCUUAAAGAUGAUAUCUGUCUUUCUGAUGCUUGCUAUACUAGACUGCUCCCUAAUUUCUGUGACACAGGCAGAAGGCUUUCCCCGAUCUCUUUCCAAACAGAACCAACUUAAAACUUUAAUCAACAUAUCCCCUAGAUGGUGACAUCCUAUAAGAUUAUCCAGGAAGAGAAGAGUAUUUCAACCUAAACCCCUUUUCGCUAGCGUUUUAGUUUGCUUGACAAAUGUGUUUAUGCCCUUGGUAUUAAUGUGCAUGAUUGUUCACAACAUCUUAAUCAUAAAAAGCAUAAAGAACCUGAAAACACAAAAGGCCCUAAUAGGCACAGAGUCCUUCAGGGGUUGAGGAAGCCCUGUAGAGAACAUAAAAAGUAUUAUUCUAUAAAGUUGUUACUGGAUCAAUGUUUUUCUUGCUGUGUUUUUGCUCUUAAUGUGCUGAGGUUGUACAAUAAAAACUAUUGUUAAUAUAGUUAGGAAUUUAAAAGACAGGAGUUUAGCCCUAGUGUGAAAACAAUAAGACAAUUGUUAAUUUUAGCCAAGGGUAUAAAUUUAGCUGGUGACUUCUGCAAAAGAACUGACCUUCAUGUUACAUUUCUACUAUGUUGCAACCUGCUGUACCUUUACCCUAUGAGACUGCAACUUCUCUGUUUUCCCUUAAGCUCAAGGCCAGAAGACAAUGCACAAAGAUCCACUAUGGAAAAGACUCUCAUAAACAAAGAAGUAUGCAGAAAACAUCCUGGGUUUCAUAAAGGGCAAACUGAUGUAAUGUUAGACUAGCUCUGUAUGCUUAUCUCUCGUUUCCCUUUAGAAAUGUACUAACUUAGAGUAUAGAAAUUACUGUGAAAAAUAAAGUGGUGGCAGCAGAACAGCAGACCCUGCUGCACACCCUAGUCUGCU